AUGCCGGUGGUGGGGUUCCUAACUCUUGCUCUCCUAUCGCUCUUUUGGGACCACGGCCCGCUGGUACAGACUGUGGCAGAGGUUCUCGAGGCGUUUUGCGUCGGCAGUCCUUCCUCGGACCCGCCCUCUCGCGACGACCUUCCUGCAACUGCGAGUUCCCAGCGCGCUGCGUUUGAGGGUCAUGUAGGGGCCGCAUUGGCUGUCGCUCUUGACCUUGGCUACGUCCAGCUAGGGCCGGUCGGCCAGCGUCCAGAUUCCGAAGUCGCCAUCAAGAAUCUGGGCGGCUCCCCGGCUGGCCAGAAUCUGGCCUCGUCAGCCCCAUGGCUACCGCUCCUCAGCACAGUCGGUCGGUUCAUGGUGUCCGCCAUGCUAAGGUCGAGUGGUGUGACGGCGCUGCGCAGCUUUCUCCUGGGAGUCGAGGUCGAGGAAACGGCAUUACAGUUCUCACAGAUCCGGGCCAACGUGGUUGCCCGUCUGCUGGAGGGGUUCCUCUGCCUUUUCGACCGGCCGGGUCAGGACGGCCAGCAGGCCAAGCCGAAUGCCCCUCACAUCCCUAUAAAGUACCAGGGCUUCGUGCUUCUCCUGCACGAGUACUCGGUCAUUGGGGGGACCCUGGAGGACGCCAAGCUUAUGAGCCUGUUUGACCUCCCGGCUAUCGGAGAGGUCGUCGCCCCGGCUACUAUUAGGUGGGCGCAGAUGGAGACGGAGCGGCUUGAAGCCAUGAGCAGAACACUGCGCUCGUCCAGUGAGCUGAUGGAGAUGACGGGGGUUCGCGGCGUGAACAGGCUCGAGGAGUUUUGGCCCCGGGACUUGGACAUGCUGUCAUUCUGCGCAGGCCCCGUCGACGAGCUGUCGCGCCUGCGGGCCAUCGAAAGGGCCACGGCCCCGGGCAACUGGUUCGAGACGGUCACGCAGCACCGGACGCUGAUGUGGUCCGCCUGGCGCCAAGAGACCGUCAUGGGCGCAGGCGUGCGAAUGGCGAAGCUGGCCGCGGUCUGGGGAGGAGAUGAUAUGGAGGCCAUCGGGAGGGAGCUCAAGAACUGUGAGGCCGUCUUUGCAGACGACGUCGUCAAGGCAUCGUUUUCGGCCAUGGGCGUCGAGGCGCCGCUGCAGCAAUACCAGAUUGUAUUCGCGCUCUGGAGGACAGUCACGGAACAGCUCGAGGCGCUUCAGACCGCCCUAGGGAGGAAGGACUUUGGGCUAGCUGCCCAGGUGAUCCAUGUGUUUGAGGAUCGUGCACAGCUUACUCUAUCGCAAGGCACCGACAAUCCCCGUAGCCGGUAUCUCAUUGGUGUCUUGGCCAGCAUGAGGGAGAGUCGUGGCACCAAGUUAUACGAGGCCAAGGCGGAAGCACUGAAAGCGGCACACGUGCGCCCAGAUUUUCAGCAGAUGGAGGCGCUGUGCGACGAGCUCGUAUCAGAAUGGGAUGAGGGAGCACUGCCGAGCAUCAGCGAAAGCAUAAUCAUUUUCAUCCGCACGACGCGGGUCCGGGCCCUCAUGUCCACGGCGAUCCAACAGCACAAGUGGCAGCGCGGGAUCGGCCUCAGCGACGACAUGGACCGGCUCCGGGCCAGGGCGGCGGCGCUCGGCCAGGAGCCGCCACCGUCGUCUGCAGCCGGCGGUGGCGGCUCGCGGCGCUGGGACGAGGAGCAGCUGCGCGGGCUGCGAGACUGCGCCGUCGACAACCGCGAGCUCGACGCGGGCAGCCGCCCCGGGGUGGUCGGAGCCCGCGUGCCGCUUGCGAUGCGCGAAGUCGCCCGUUGGCUCGAGCUACUGCAUUAG